GCGGUCUCCCCGCUCUCACAGAACCAUCAACUGAACGCGUAGAGAGCACUCAAAAGCGCAAACGUUUGCAUUUCUUUUUCACCAUGGAUGUGCGGGGACGUUUGUGAAUAAUCAUCGGAGUUUGAGCGAGGAACCGUUUUGUGGGAUUUUCCUGUGGGGUCCCACUCUUUAAAAACCCAUUUUGAAGGAAAUUCAGUCUUCUCGUUAAAGGACGAAGUACCGGUGUUUUCUCACGACCCGAGGCGCAGUUAGGCAUCUGACUUUUUUGUGAUUGAGAAUCUAUUUUUAGAAGACGGGAAAAAUGUUACUCUCCAAGUUUGGAUCUUUUUCCCAUAUUUGCAGCACGACCAACAUCGAUCACUUGCCGGUGAAAAUUCAACUUCAUGCAGCGAAGACUGAACGAGAGCCUUUUGAGAAGGUCUAUCAUGUGGGAUCAGUGCUGGGAAGUGGCGGGUUUGGGACAGUGUACGCCGGUACAAGGAUUUCAGACGCGUUGCCGGUUGCGAUAAAACACGUCGCUAAAGAGAGAGUCACCGAAUGGGGUACAAUUAAUGGCUCGCUGAUUCCACUAGAGAUCGUUCUUCUGAAGAAAGUAGGAUCUUCCUUUCAAGGGGUCAUUAAACUCAUAGAUUGGUAUGAGAGACCCGACGGAUGGUUGAUUAUAAUGGAGCGGCCGGAGAUGGUGAAGGAUUUAUUCGACUACAUCACGGAGAAAGGCGCGCUGGACGAGGACACCGCCCGGGGCUUCUUCGGGCAGGUUUUGGAGGCUGUUCGGCACUGCUACACCUGCGGUGUCGUUCACAGGGAUAUCAAAGAUGAAAACCUCUUGGUGGAUUUACGUACGGGAGAUCUGAAGCUCAUCGACUUCGGUUCUGGGGCGAUCCUCAAGGACACUGUGUAUACAGACUUUGAUGGCACGCGAGUUUAUAGCCCCCCUGAGUGGAUACGUUACCACAGGUACCACGGGCGCUCGGCAACCGUGUGGUCCCUGGGCGUAUUGCUGUAUGACAUGGUGUGCGGCGAUAUUCCCUUCGAGCACGACGAAGAGAUUCUGAGGGGCCGACUGUUUUUCAGGAGGAGAAUCUCUCCAGGGUGUCAGCAGCUUAUCAAAUGGUGCCUUGGCUUAAGACCUUCGGACCGGCCCACCCUGGAGCAAAUCUUUGAGCAUCAGUGGAUGCGUACAGACGAGGAGCCCAAAACAGAAAGCGGGGACAUCACGCUUCACACCAUCAGCACAGAAUCAGGCUCCACUUUGAGCAAAGAAAGCUUUUGACAGCAUCAAAGAUGCUGAGUGAACGGACUUUUCUUUGCCCUUAUUCCCAGUUUCUGAUGGUUUUUGGGACUUAAAUUUAUGUUGCGUAAAUGUGUUUUGUUUUUUCUUGCUAAGGGUGAGUUGUUACCCAUGGUGGUUACAUGAGCAGUGAUGCUAGUAAUCCUAGGAUCUUACUGGUUGCUCUUAUAGAGCUUGGACUUUAUUUUCCUUUUAGACUUCUCUUUUAGUUUUCGGUGCCUUUUUUGGAAAGCUGCUUUUAUGGGAUUCAAGUCAAGACAGAAACCAGGUGGAUUUUCAUGGAUUUUAGGGGAAUUCCCCUGAAAUCCUGGCAACACUCAAAGACUGAAUCUAGUUAUGUGGUGGGUUUCCCUUGCCCUCUAGUGGUCGAAUACUUGAAGUACACACUUUCUACUCUCUUACCAAUAUCUCUCUGCUGCUCUGCCAUUCAUAUUCACGAUUUCUACUGGUUUCCCUUGGUUACUUUCUGUCUUCCACUACUUCAUCUCUUUACACGCCGCUUUCUAGACUUUGUUUUACAGAGACUGGAGUGACGUGCACAAUCAAUGCAAUAUUCAUGGACUCAUUUUUCUUUCUUUUUUUUUUAAUACAAGUAUUUGUAUUGUAUUUAUGUACAUUUUCUUCCAUUAUCUUAUUUAUUCAUGCAAUACAAACAUUCCACAUUUGGUGGCUAUUUAUUUAUUUAUUCAUUUUAUACAUCUGCAAAAAGUAAAUCGAAAUUGUUAAAUGUAAGAGUUCCCAGGCUUAUAUUUAGUUUCAUCCUAAAGGAUCAUAGACGCACUAAAGCUAUCUAAUACUGAUACACAUAUAAGAAUGAGAUGUUUAGUGAUGCCAUUCUGAUGUAGUGUACAAUUUAGAAUCGGUUUAUACUCCAUGAGAAGUGGAAGUAAGUGUUUUAGUCCUUCCACUGUGACGUGUGGAUUUUCCUUUUUUGAACUGGUGAAACAUUUAUUUUUUAUAUUGGACACAAUAAAUUUCUUUCUUACGUAACGCA